UGCUGUAGUUUCACUUUAUUUCAGGGAGUGAAGUUAUAGUGCAGGGCGGUUAUUGGGACAGUGUGGUCAAUGUGACAUUACCUCCUAGAUGGACAACACCGUGUCUAAGCGCUGCAUGGCGGCCACACAGCCCGACAAAACACUCCAGCGGCAGCUCUGCACCCUCACAAAGUCCAUGCCCUCCAGAUUGGUGGAGAAAAUAUCAGCGUGUUUGUGUCGGUCGAGCACCAUCACCGAGUAUGAGUUCCAGCACAUCCAGGCUCCAGCCACAGACAUACAGAAAGCCUCCCAGCUGCUGCUCACUAUUCACCGCAAAGGACCUCGUGCCUGUCAGCUCUUCUUCAAAUGUCUAGCUGUGUGUAACCCCUCGCUGUUUGAGACCGUCACAGGCUGCACAGUAAAUGCAGCGGAUCUAGACCACCACCACCACUCUGAAGACAUCUCCUGCUCAGAGACGACAGCAGCAGUUCCACCGUACAUCAUUAACAUACACAAUUCCUCGCUCAGCCACUGCAUCAUCGGACACAACAACGACUUGUGCUGUCAGUUCUCUCAGGCUCAACUUGCAAAUGACAAAGAGGAAGAUAUGCAGAGACCAGAUCAGGAAGUGACAGCUGAAGACCCCACAGAGACUCCUAGCAUCCAGGUGAAGGACUCCACCGUAGAGUUCGUCAUCAUCGGGGACAACAACUACAUGAACGUUGGGUGCAGCCUGGACUCGGACGAGCAAGAGGAGCAAGAGAGUGAGCUGGAAGAUUCAGAGGGGUGAAACGCUGAGGAUGAACUGGAGUGAAAA